ACUGAAAAACUUGGCGGUAAAUUUCACUCGACCGGAUUGUAAACAUUAGCCUUGGACUGAAUCAAUUCUGGGAUAAGUCAUACAUAACAAAUAUUGUAGCAGCAUGCAGAUACCGAUCAAGAUACCAGGAGGGCCAGGCCAGUGUCCAGAGUGGGCCAUUAUUGACCUUCAGGGAGGACUGGAGACAAGAAACAAUGUUUCUCUAAAUGGACGAUUCAUGGGUGAUCUCCAUUUUACACACAAGAAUGUUCCUGUGCUUAUCAUCGGCCAUCAUAUCCUGUAUGGAAAAGUGUGUGAUCUAGAGAAACCAUUUGCUGUGCUGACAAAGAAACACUCAGACACCGACAAUGAUACAGUGCUAGAUCAGGACAAUACUGACAAGCAACAUACAGACACUCAUUAUCUUGUUAAAGCUAUCAUACGAAGGAGACUUCUGUUCAAAACACGACCAAAGCCUAUUAUCGCUAAUGUGCCAAAGAAACUGUGAUAUUGUUAUACCAUUUAAUGUAUGAUUCUGUAUAAUAAAUUGUUUUUAUAUAAAUCUUUGGUUUGGAUAUGAUUGAUAUGUUGUCAUACUGUAAUCUCUGCUUUCACAUAUAUAUAUGAAGUGCCACUUUUAAGGAUCAUAGACUUUCUUAAGCAUCUUAAAUAUAAAUUAUAACUUAAGAUGACUAUUACUCAAGCACAAGGUCAAGGUCAAACUGCUGUAUCCUGGCCAUGGUUGACCUUACAAAAUGCAGUGUGCACACAUAUAUUUCACAUAUAUAUGGAAUGCCUAUAGAACAAUUGCAAGGGCAGCUCAAAGGUCUGAAAGCUGUAUUCCUCAAAAAUGUCACACAUGUGGAUGGCAUU